AUGACGUUAAUAUUAUUUACUAGUCUUUUAUGUUUGGUAUUAAUUCUUAUUUAUAUAUAUUUCAAACGACGUUAUACUUUAAUAAAUAAUAAUUUACCUGGCGAUAAACCUCAAAUAUUCUUUGGUAAUUUAUUGAAUUCAGGUUUCUUGACACGUAAAAAAUCAUUUCAUGAAAUACUGCAUGAUUAUCAACGUCGUUAUGGAGAUAAAUUUACAUUUUGGUUCGGUUUACAACCAUAUAUAGUAUUCUGUUUACCGGAGCAUAUCCAAACAAUCCUAUCCGAUCGACAUACAUUCGAACAAUCUUCCUCAUUUAUACCUAAUUUUGAUUUAGUUUGUCCAAAUGGUAUUGUUGUAUUAGCUGGUGCGAAAUGGAAACGUCAUGUUCGAGUUAUGUUACCAGUAUUUAAACGUGCUAAAAUGAUACAACAUUUAGAUACAAUUACUGAAUGUGCCGAUCAUUUUAUUGAUCAAUGUCUUCUUGAUAAUCAUAUACAUACAGAUCUUGUGCAUCGUUGUCAAACAUUUACAAUGAAUGUUAUUGGAUUAAUUGCGUUUGAUUAUAAUCUAGAAAGCAAUAUUAAUUCACCAAUAAAAAUUGCAUUUCAAGAUUUUGUAUCUUAUGUAACAAUUGUAAUUCUAAUGUCAUGGUUACCUCAAUGGAUAAGUAAAAUCUAUUUAAAAUUCAAUUGGAAAUAUCAAAAAAUUCAUCGAUUAAUUCGUGAACUUACAGAAAAAAUUGUUGAACAAGAACAAAAUAAUUCACAACGAUCAAAAAAUUUAAUUGCAUCAUUAGUUUCAUCACUCAAUGAACAAGCUAAUGAUGAACAAAUAUCAUCAGGUUUAACACGAAUAGAAAUGCUUGAUGAAAUACUUACAUCAAUGUUAGCUGGAUAUGAAACAACAUCAACUGCUUUAGCUUGGUUUAUAUUUUAUAUGAGUAAAUAUCCUCAUGUACAACAACGUAUUAAACAAGAACUUCAUGAACAUAAUCUUUUAAUGACAAAUCAUGUUCAAUAUUUACCAAGAUUAACUUCGGAGAAACUUGAUUCAUUGAUUUAUUGUGAAUGUGUCACAAAAGAAGUUUUACGUUUAGCUCCUACAGCUACUGCAACAACACGUAUAGCUCUACGUGAUACAAUUGUUGAUAAUGUACCUAUUCAUCGUGGUCAAACUGUAAUAAUUGGUUUGAAUAAUGUAAAUACUGAUGCUCGUUAUUGGCAUGAUGGUCAUCCAAAUAAAUUUAUACCUGAACGAUUUUUAGGUAAAGAUAAAGAUCAUCAUCCUUUUGCUAUGCUACCAUUUGGUGGUGGACAUCGAGCAUGUAUUGGACAGGAUCUUGCAUGGUUAGAACUUAAAUUAGUUAUUGUUCGAUUAAUGCAACGUGGAAUAACAUUUGAAGAUACAAUAGAAAAUGGAGGUGGUUAUCAAGAACAAUUAACAUGUUUUCCAAAAAACAUCGCUGUACGAGUACACAUUGAUAAGAUUUGA